CGGGCGCGCGCCUGAAGACCGGCUCCAGCCGGUAUAAAAUCUGCCAAGCUUAAGAAAGGGGAAACAGACUGAGAGCUGUUAGAUAGUACUUGAUUCAAUUAUAAUUUCAGUGUUUCUGAAUUGCUAAUGAAGUCACCCAUAAGCUAGAAUCGUUAUAUUUGAGCGGAGUGAUUGUAACUCUUUCGCCCGAUGCUCAGAGCGAUGUUCUCCACUGAACACUUCAGCUGAGGAGCCGGCUAACGUUAGCUCGCGUGCGCUUUGUUUUCUUUCAAAAUUCCGAGUUCUCCUCAGUUUCUUCAACGUCUCGAAACGCCAGUGUGCGUCAUGACAGGAAUAAUGUCUGCCCUGAAGGGCUGCACGAGCCCCAAUGUGUACGACGAGGUGCCAGACGGAGGCUGGGGUUGGCUGGUGGCUGUCGCCUUCUUCUUCGUGGAGGUUUUCACCUAUGGCAUCAUCAAGAUUUUUGGGAUCUUCCUCGUGGACCUCAUGACAGACUUUAAUGAAACCAACAGCAGAGUGUCUUGGGUCGUCUCCAUCUGUGUCUUUGUCAUGGCCUUCACAGCUCCUCUCUCCACGCUGAUGAGUAACCGUUUUGGCUAUCGGCCUGUUGUCAUGCUCGGUGGACUCCUGAUCAGCCUGGGUACAAUUACAACAGCCCUUACUAACUCCAUCAUUGAGAUGUACAUUACCAUGGGAAUGGUUGCAGGCCUGGGCUACUGCCUUACCUUCCUGCCUACAGUUACGAUCUUGUCGCAGUACUUCAGCAAGCGCCGUUCCCUCGUCACAUCCAUUGCCUCCACAGGAGAAUGCUUCUCGCUGCUAGCACUUGCACCAGCUAUGAACGCGCUGAAGGAGCAGAUCGGCUGGCGUAACUGCUUGAUCGUGAUUGGGGUUAUGCAGGCCUCAAUUAUUGUCUGUGGGGCUCUGCUAAAGCCAAUAGUCAUUAAACCCAAACCCACCACCCCAGAGGGCUCCACAUCCCCCCUUAAAGAACCUGAAUCCAAAUAUGACCAGGAGAAUGAACUCACCCGUACAUCUCUCGGCUCUGUGGACUCAGGGGUCCAGUCCGUCACCUCUUCCCAGAUCAACCUGUCCGAGGGCCAGGAAUCUACAGAAAAGGAGAAAAAAACACUUAAGGAAAAGGAGGAAGAAGAAAACAAGCAACCAAUGCUGCCUGAGACCCCAAUCAAACAGGAACUAGAAGACUCGAGCGCCUCUAGGCCCAAGUUGUUGGACUUCUCUGUGCUCAGAGACGCCAGUUUCAACUGCUACGCACUGUUUGGCCUGUUCGCCACGCUGGGCUUCUUCGCUCCGCAGCUCUACAUCAUUGAGCUGAGCGUGAGCCGAGGAGUGUCACGUGACAGCGCCACCUACAUGCUCUCGGCCAUGGCCGUGGCUGAGAUUCUAGGUCGUCUGUCCAUGGGUUGGGCGCUCAAUCGCAGGCCUAUCCGCAAAAUCUACAUCCUGCUGAUUUGCACGGUGCUGCUGUGUCCGGUGCUGGUCGCCUUCACCUUUGUCACUGAGUUCUGGGGCCUCAUGUCCUGCUCCUGUUUCUAUGGCUUCCUGCUGGGCACCGUGGCCUCCAGUCACAUCCCAAUGCUGGCUGAAGAUGACGUGAUCGGCAUUCAGAGAAUGUCAUCGGCUGUUGGCGUCUAUGUCUGUAUCCAGAGCUUUGCAGGACUGGCCGGGCCACCUUUAGGAGGUUUUCUGGUAGACAGGACUGACAAUUACGGAUCAGCCUUUUACUCCUGCGCAGCUGGGAUGGGAGUCGGGGCUCUGUUUCUUGGACUGGUGCGUCCUGCCAAAACUGGCCUUUGCCUUUGGAGGAGGAGAAAUGGCCAGCAAACAACAGACGGAAACUCCAGCUCACAGGGUAGGGAUGAAGGCCCUGCUGACUUUGUAGAAAUGGACAUGGAGAUCGACAACAGUCCUGCAAAGAGCAAACCUUGGCCAGUGUGAAUACUGCCUCGCCUCAAGAGUAAACACACUCAAUCCUUCACUUGAAUCAUCAUCCCAAAGGCUGCCAUACACAAACCCUGUGCAAACAGGUUAAAAAUAGAACUUUACAUCAAUUAAAGAAGAGUUUGAUCACUCUUCAUUGCACUUUUUUGCUGACCACCCAAUCAUAAUCCCCAAAAAACGUUUACAUUCCUUGUGUCUAUUUAUUGAAAAGAAUCAAGUUUUGAGGUUUCUUUCCGGUCAUAGUGUGCACCGCCUACUAGUCUCUACAGAUAAACACACUUUUAGAGAGGAAAAGAAUUAAACCAUUAAGCAUUCAGUGCUAUUCCUCUCGUUUACCAAAGUCUUAGCGUGAAAUGCAACUUUGCUCUUUAUUUCAUUGUUAUAUUGUGAACAAACCAUCAUACUACUUUGACCACUUCUGGCUUUAACAUCUAAAAAAGAAACCUCAGGCUGUUUUGCUGCUUACAGUACGGCCAUGAUGCAUAUGUAUAUUAGGUUAGGUGGCAUUCAGAAUUGAAGGUGAGACAGGUACAGAGCUGUCUUGUGUUUCAGGUUUAUAUGUCAUUUGCUUGUCUACAGAUAACGGGUCUGUGUUCAAUGGUUUAAUAUUUAACUAGUAUUGCUGUUGCAAAUGGAAACUAAGGUGGCAACAUCUCAGCUUAGAUACUAACGUGGCUCUGAUGAUAAAGCAGGACUUGGACCACUCGGUCUUCCAUAAAGAGUAACCCAUCGUCAGUCAGAACUGAAUGAAGGAUUACUUCUGCUGACCCAACAAUUCCUGCUCAGAGAUGUAGAAACACCUUCUAGAGUUUCUUAUGAAAAAUGAUGGCUAUAGAAUGUCAUGUUAAUCGCUGUAAGUUGAAGUGCACCAUCUGUGCCUUGUCAGAGAAUUCUGCAGAAUGAUGAAGAGCGUUUGACUUGAAACGGGAAGCUUAAAGGGGCCAUUCAUUUUAAAACAAGAUACGCGCUUAUUUUUUAAAAAUGUCAAAGAUGUCGGUCAAUUGCACGUUGACUUAAAAAAAAAACUGAGAUUUGGCUUCGACCAAUGGAAAAGAAUGUGUAAACCACGAGUCUGAAAUUCUGUUUGAUUAACUGUAUACGGACCAAGUCUCCACUUCUUUAAAAACAACUGUAUGUGAGUUUUUUUUAACCUUUAAAUAUAAGUUUUAAGAUGAUUCUGAAGGUACACUGACUUUUAAUAAGGCAAAUGUCCUCUGUGCACCCCCAACGUCUGUUCUGAGUGUCUGUAUGUUUGGUGCGCAGUUACGAUUCUGCAAAAAGGGCAGAACAGCAAGGGCAGCAACAAAUGCACAUGGUAUUACUACAGUGAUAUGUGCACAAUAGUGAAUUGCUCUCAGCUGUAGGGGGUUCCAAAAUCGCAAUUAAAAAAAAAACUAAAAUGACAGUAGCUUUCAAUGAUCUAGAGGCCCGUAAAAAGUGGCACAAUUGAACAUGUUCCGUGAGAACCAGUCCUGAAAAUAAUACACUGAAUGAGCAUCUUGACUAGUAUUUUUUUAUGUGUUAUUCACUACACAAAUGACAGAAGAAUGGGUAAUUUGAUGGAGAGAAAUGACAGUAUAUGAGUACUAGAGUUAGUUUAAAGGGGUCAUAUGACGUUGUUAAAAAGAAAAUUAUUUUUUGUAUGUGGUGUAAUGAAAUGUGUUUAUGCGGUUUUUGGUAAAAAACAUUAUUUUCCACAUACUGUAUAUUAUUAAUACUCCUCUAUGCCCCGCCUUCUGAAACACGUAGAUUUUUUACAAAGCUCAUCGGUCUGAAAAGUGAGGUGUGCUCUGAUUGGCCAGCUAUCCAGUGCGUUAUGAUUGGCUGAAUACUUCAAGCGUGUGAUGGAAAUGUUAUGCCCUUCACCAUACUGUGAUGACGUGUCCCAGUCAGAACACCGGCGUGACAAGACUAUAACAAAACCCAUGACAAACAAGGCAUUUGUUGCAUCCAGUGGGGACAUAAUUAAUGACUUAUACUCUUUUUUACGCAUUGCGCUGCAUCACACCACGUAAACAUAACAAAAUAUCUGCAUUUGUGAUCGGAGAAACAACUAACAACAAGUGCUACUCUACACUGCUCAAAACUCACGUUUGAAUCAUAAGGGGCAAAUUCUUUAAAUAUGUAAACGUACUUACAGACAGCCAGUCAGAACAAGCCAGCAUUGUGGUCUACUCUCCCAGGAUCAGGAAACAGUCGUCCAUAAAAUGUGCUGCACACAUCUGAAUAUUUGGACUGCACUGUUCUGAACGGUGUUGUAAAUACAACUUAACCACUGAUUUAUAGUCGUGUCCUUUUUUGGAAGACCAAACAAAGUAGUUUCGCUUUCACAAUGAGACACACAGCGUCUCCACAAUAUACUACAGCGAGAAUCAAAGUUACGCCUUCUUUCUUUGCGUUAACAUUUGGGCGGUGUUGUGCAAAUGUUCCCACACAGUGACGUGGGGGCGAGUUUAAAAGAGGUGUUUUAGAAGGACGUGGAUGAGUCUGAACUUUUAUAAAGAAUCUGGAUUUGAGACUUUAGUCUUUCCAACAUUACAGAUCUUCUUUAUGCACCAAGAGCUUGUAACGCUCCAAAGAGAAAGGACAUUUUUAAAUCUCAUCAUAUGACCCCUUUAAAAUGAAAAAAAGAAUGAAAUGCAUUGUAGCACCAUGUACUGCAGGAGUCUGUAGGUAAAACCCAUUAAAGCACUUACCUAAUGACUUGAAACCUUAUGUACCUCGUAUGUCCUGUAAACUCUUUUAAUUGGUCAUACAGUGUGUUUGGGUUGUGUACUUUUGAUGAGAAGACAUUGUGUGUGUCCUUUUAAUUUUUAAUUUCUUUUUUUAAUGUAAUGCAGACUUCUGACUGAGGUCCUGCACUUCUGUUCUGAAUAUUGCAAUUACAGUACAUGUUCAGUGUAGAAUAAAAGCAAUGAUUUUUAUAACCAAA